AUGGAGAUCAAAGAUUUCCAAAAGGCCCGGAAGCCCCUGGUGGAGAAGAAGCGGCGCGCGCGGAUCAACGAGAGCCUUCAGGAGCUGCGGCUGCUGCUGGCGGGCGCCGAGGUGCAGGCCAAGCUGGAGAACGCCGAGGUGCUGGAGCUGACGGUGCGGCGCGUGCAGGGCACGCUGCGGGGCCGGGCGCGCGAGCGCGAGCAGCUGCAGGCGGAAGCAAGCGAGCGCUUCGCGGCCGGCUACAUCCAGUGCAUGCACGAGGUGCACACGUUCGUGUCCACGUGCCAGGCCAUCGAUGCCACCGUCGCCGCAGAACUCCUCAACCACCUGCUCGAGUCCAUGCCUCUGCGCGAGGGCAGCAGCUUCCGGGAUCUGCUGGGGGACGCCCUGGCCGGGUCUCCGGGAGCCCCUGGGCGAAGCGGCUGGCCCACGGGAGGGGUCUUGGGGUCCCCUCUGCCCAGUCCCCCGGGCCCCGGGGACGACCUGUGCUCCGACCUGGAGGAGGCCCCCGACGCUGAACUGAGCCGAGCGCCUGCCGAAGGGCCAGACUUGGUGCCAGCAGCCCUGGGCAGCCUGACCGCUGCUCGCAUAGCCCAGAGCGUCUGGAGGCCUUGGUGACUAACGCCAGCCCCAGGUUUGCAAGGGUGGGUGUGGCCUUCCCUUGCUCUGUUCCAGCCUCCCUGGGGACAGAGGUGGUGGGGGCAGGGGCCUGAAUGUCUCCCAGAUC